UAACGUUUGACCUGACUUUCUUUUGUGAGAUGAGCACAAGGCCUUUGACAGUGCUUGACAACAGUAAACAGGCUAACUUCUACCUGACAAGACAUAUGAGGAUAGUUCUUAUAACUUCUGUGGCAUGAUGUAAGAGCAGACUACACCUACACAACAACCUGAUAGCAGGAUAACGUUCCCAAGAUGGCAAUGAUGGGGGACAACCUUGAAAUGGAUGAUGACUUCAUGCGGGUCAUCACCAGAUGCUGCCAAUGCGGGAAUGAAUCCAAGAAACCUGACCGCUUGAAAUUUCUCCCGUGCUCUCACUUGAUGUGUAUUCGAUGCCUCGAAGGAGUACGAACUGGGACUAAUACUACGGCGCGAACGCCUCGGUCAUCCCGAGGGAAUGAUGGGCUCCAGAAUGGCGGUCUUACAAACGGAUCUCAUAGAAGUGAGGAUGUCUUCAUGACAGAGAUCGAGGAGUUACCCGAAGGAAAACGUGAGAUGUAUACGAAAGCGUAUUGUCCUGCGUGCGAUCAGAGUUUCGUGGUACCGAACACUAAUUUGUCGAUAUUCGAGGAUGAUUUUCAUAACACGGGGAUACUGGCACGGUUUAUCACGGGGCAGAAGCAUGCGUGUCAGCGCUGCAUUGAAAUGGAGAAGGAAAAGGUACUCGAAGAGGCGGAAAAAGCGAAAAAGAAGAGCCACAAAAAAUGCGUUGAGGAGGAAAAGCCAAAACCGGGGAAACCUGCGCAGAAACCGCCUGUAAAGAAAGAGUCGCGUGGCAUCAACACAUCUCCGCCUCCGGAAAAGAAGGAUGAUCCGCCUGUGAAGAAAGGCGUGAAUGCAAAAGGUCCGGCAAAGAAGGGUGGGAGGCCCCCACCAGGGGGAGUUAAGAAGAAAGGUGCAGCUACGGCGAAGGGGAAGCCACCGCCCAAGGGGGCCAAGAAGGAGGAGAAGCAGCCUUCGCCACCCAAGAGUCCGACACCACCACCAAAGUCCCCAACACCACCACCACCAAAAUCUCCAACUCCACCAGCUUCUUCAAGCCCAGAGUCACCGAAGGAGGGAUCCCCAAGGAGCGCCAGUGACGACCAAGAAACCACGUCGAGGAAAGGCAGCCAGGGAAGUGCAGCACAGAGCUCUCGGAUAAGUGAUGAACCCACAACCGGGGAAGCAUCUGAAAUGACGCUAGAAUUAGACGGCACGCCUGCAGAGUUCUUUUGCAUGGGAUGCAAAAGGUUCCUGUGUUCUACUUGCAGUCAUGAACAUUUGACACCGGAGAAUUUGAAGGAGCACCGCUUGGUUCCCGCUCACGAAUACAGCUUGGCAACUCAGGAAGAACAGGUGUCUUGUUUGAGACAUCCGCAGAAGAGAUAUACUCACUUUUGCUUGAAUGAGAAGUGCCAGCGGGCAAUCUGCGCGGUGUGUCUGAAUCAGAGUCACCAUGAGCAUCGUGUUGAACCUAUCGCAAAGGUAACGCGUGAUCCGGCCGUGCUACGCGAAGUCUUACACAACAGUAAGGCCAUCGAGAUGAAAGUGAGGCUCAGGAUGCGCGAACUUCAGGAGUCGAAGAUCCAGGAUGAUGUCAUCGCAAGUUUGAACGAGGAGAUUGAGCACUUGAAGCAAGGGUACAUCGCACUGCUCGAUGACUAUAAAUUUGGGAUUAACGCACGCUUCAACGAGAUUAACGGGAAGAUAGAAAUAGACGAGACACGCGUCCACAGCUACAUGGAGAAAAUGAAAAAGAUGAACGGGAUACUCAACAACGUAAUCUCGCGACCAGACUACGUCGAUCAAGAUUUGCUCAUUCUCACGCACUUCCUCGGGGCCAAUCAGGACGUUCUAACAAACGAACGCAAAGUCGAAGACUUGAUGCGCGAAAAAACACUCGUGGUCCAACACUAUGCCUUAGACAUGGGAGAAAUGCAAUCGAUUUUCAAAUCGACGAAAGAGCUUCCGCAGACCAUUCCGUUCGAUCUUCACAAAACCGUGCGCCAAGAUUUCCCGCUACCUAAGCAUUUGAAAUGUACGAGUUCGAACAGGGUGAUGGUUCCAUCAGCUUUUCUGCAUAACUUGGAUGUAUUCCCGAACAAUGACAUUGUUAUCUUAGACGUUAGGGGGAAGAGUAUACACAAGUUCCAAUGCGUGAACGCGGGCGGGGUGAAGCAGCACCGCUUCCAGUACAUGUACUGCAACGGGGGAAAAGACAAGAGUACUGACGCGUUAGUCUGCCCAGCAGGGAUCGCAGUCUACGACGGAUACACGUUAGUUUGCGAUACCACCCCAAGUAGUAAGGGGGCGCCAAAGAGAGGUCAGGUUCUGGUCUUCGACGACAAGCUGAACCAGAUUGAUGCAGUUCCGUUGGAGGCCGUGCCGCACUGCAUGGCCAGCUACCAGGACCAAAUCUACAUCGGAUACAAGACCAAAGUCGCACAUUACCAGAUUAGCGUGGAUGACAAGUACAACAAUGAGAUGGAGUUUCAUCUCGAGCACGCGGGAAACUACUACGUCGGGACGGAAUGGUGGUCGUAUCUUGCUGUAAACCGUGAAGGACACCUCGCGAUUCAGGACGGGAAUUCCGAAGUCUACAUCUUCAAGGACGGGCAACAAGUCCUGAAACCGUCGACAAAGUUACGCGGCGUCCGCGGCAUAUCGUUCUUUGGCGUCAACAAAUUACUGGCGGUGAACUUUGACAAGAAUAACAUUGUUGCAUACGCGAUGAAAGACGACGUCAAUGGUCAUCCGAUUGUCGACAAGGAGCUUCCCACCAUUCUGUUAUCGGCGAAGGAAAAGAUACUGCACCCACUCCAGGCCAAGAUGGACUAUGAUGGCGAUCUGAUUGUGACUGACGAUAAAGGACAGGUCAAGCUUUAUGUUUCCCCAAAAUAGAUCUUCAGAGAUCUCUUGACCCUCAUGAUUGCUAGCCUACACAGGCAAAUGUCUCCAUCGAACAAAACACUGAUGGGCCCAUAGUAGAAUCUAUGAUGAUAAUGACAAAACACUUUAAACAUUUGAUCACCCAUUGAUUCUAUGACAGGCCCACGGUAGACCAAACCAUGUUCUUCUAUCAAUGAUUCUACGAGGGACAUUCUCCCUCAUAGAAUCAUUGAUAACCCAUGGUAGAAUCUAUGAUGAAUCUGAUGGAAACUUUUGCCUCUGUAGUAUGGCAUUUUCGAACUCCUCAGGAAACAAUCAUUUGAUAUUCAUUUUGCGAGACAAACGAACGCUAGCACUUUAAACAGAAAAUCAUUUUAAUCACUUAAGGCAAUUAUUAAUGAAAAUUACUGGAGUCUGACAUUUUUAAAUGGUUAUUUUAAACUAACUCAAGGAUGAAUGCGCCCAUUGACAAAAAUGGCUGAAAUUUCAUUGCAGAUGUAAUUUUGUGCACUCUGAUACAAAAUUGUAAUUUAAUCAUCUUUUGAAGGCUUCUCGAGUCAAAUGGCGGCCUAAUUUCAAUUUCAUACCUGAAAACUACGGACACAGGGCAUUUACUGCUAAAACAAUGGAGAAUUUGGCAAAAUUUCAACAUCCCUUUCAAGGAUCCUCACCUCAGGGUAAUGUAGCAACACUGUAGUUAGUUAGGACUCUAUAGCGUGGAUUCCACACAAAUGGGCAACGUGAAGUUCCAGUUAAAUAUUUAAAGUGAUACUAUGAUGUGAUUUUCAACUUUGCGGAAAUACGUCCGUUUUUAAUUGUUGAUCACAAAUGUCAAGCUCAAAUUUUCCAUUUUUGAUUAGAUUUAUUAUAAAAUCGCUGAAUGUAAACAACCGCGACCGCGAAAAUGUUCAUGUUGUGACGUCAUCAACGAAAUCGGCAUCGAAGCAAGCCGCCCGGGCGGGAUUAAACCAUUAAUUUCUAGAAAAUGUGCAUUUCGAUUUAAAAACCUUACCAAUUUAUGAGAAAGUGUUGUAGUCAUUUGUCAAAAACAGCUAAAACAUUAUAUGGUGAAAUUUGACACGAGUUACCCUUUAAAGGCCUACUCCUUUUAUUCAAAACUUGAAUUUGCAAAUUCGUCAGAGAUAUCAACUGGAACUUGAUCUCACCUCCUGUACUGUGCCCUUAAUUGGUUCUUAAAUGAACCAUUUUGUAAAAACAUUGUAGGUCAUAAGCACAUUUGAUAGAGUGGACCAUGCUGUAUAAUACUUCCAAUGUUAUGUAUAUUUUGAAGAUUAUUUUUAGAAACUAUAAAAUUCGAUUAAUUAUAUAAAAUCCUCUUCUUUUUUAGCCCAGCGAUGAACGAGGCCCCAAAUGACACUGGAACUGCACAAAUCUGACUUACAUUUUUCCCCAUGGUCUGUUUUGGUCCGACGGUUAUGUCAAGGCGUCCUGAACUACCAUCUCGGAAUGAAAUAUUGUGGCGUAGAUAUAUUGGAAUAGCGACCAAGCUGGAAGGAAAAAUAUACGAUGAGAUUUUUUUCAAUAGUACAGUAGAACCUCUCUAUAAAGACACCCUCGGGACUGAUAAGUGCUGUCCUUAAGAGAGGUGUCCGGAUUAGAGAGGUCAAAUGCAAUGGCAAGAAACAAUUUGGGACCAAAACUAGUGUCCUUAAUAGAGAGAUAACAGCUGGCAUUACACAGUAAUGCACAGGCUAUAAUUGUAUCACGGCUGUAAUUGUAUCACCUUACCUAACACUACAGCUUAGAUUUUAUAUCAUUUUAGAGGAAGCAGACACUAUUACUUGGGAUUUUCACUUCAAUUCCAUGCACUCGACUAGGAACAUCCCUUGUAAGAACAGUGUCAGCCACGAUGAAAUUUAAAUCAUGCUGUUGUU